GCAGUGGUAAGUUCUCCUAGAAAUAAUGUCCCCCAUAAUCUUCCGUUCAAUUAAAAACCCUCCCAUACCAAACCUUCCUAUCGUACUAUCAUUUAUUUGAAAAUACUCCUUCCAUAACUUUUCCUUCCUACUCAAAAAUGGUCUCCCUCCCGGCAGUCCUACGCUCCAACUCCCUCAUUCCCUCCACCCUCCCUCCCAAACUCGUCGCCCUGUUCGUUGGCGCCACCAGUGGCAUCGGCGAAGCCAGCCUUUUAGCCUUCGCAAAAACCGCCGUUAAACCACGCGCCUACUUCAUCGGCCGCUCCCAAACCGCCGCCGACCGCAUUCUCGCGGAGUGCAGAUCCCUAAACCCAGCUGGCGAGUUCAUCUUCAUACAGAAAGAUGUGAGCUUGAUUCGCAACGUGGAUGAGGUGUGUAAAGAGAUCAAAGCGAAGGAGAAGUUCAUCAACAUAAUGGUGCUAAGUGCCGGGGUACCGGUAAUGGAUCGGAGAUUGACGUCUGAGAAUCUUCAUCUCUUAACGGCAACGACAUACUACUCUCGACUCCGCUUCAUUGCCAAUCUUCUCCCGCUCCUCAGAUACUCCCCUUCCCCUCUCAGUCACGUUGUUUUUGUUGCAGGCGGCGGUAGAGAAGGGCCUCUCGAUUCCACCGAUUUCCCCGCUCUGCGCGUUCCGCUGCUUCAGAUCCGAGGGCAUCUCACGUCGCUGAUCACGUUGGGUCUUGAGGCCGUCGCUAAACUAGCGCCCGAGGUGACCUUCGUACACGACUAUCCAGGCACCGUGAAGACGCCGCUGAUGGAUCACAUGGAUGGCUUGCAUGGAUUUGUUAUUCGGACGUACGUGGCGCUGCUUGGGAGGUGGGUCUGUGUGCCAGUUGAGGAGAGCGGGGAGAGGCAUUUGUAUCUGGCGACGAGUGCAAGGUAUCCGCCGGCCAAGGGCGGGGAAGCGGGGAUUGGAGUAGAAGAGGGGGUCACUGGGGUGGCGGUAGGUAGUACGGGGGAGGUGGGAAGCGGAGUGUAUUCGGUGGGGUGGGAUUGCGAGAGUUCGGGCCCGCAGGUGAUUGAGCUUUUGGCUGGGCUGAGGGAGAAAGGCAUGGUGGAGGAGGUUUGGAAGCAUACGGAGGGGGAAUUUGAGCGUAUUACUGGAGUAUCUAAGGGGAUAUAGGUGCGAGGAAUAGCCUUUGAUGAUGAUCGCGUUUUCUAGAGAUGCUUCACAUGCUAUUUGUUGGC